UGAAAAAAUCGAUGAUUCAGUUUUGAUCAAAGCGAAAGACUGAACGAGAGGAAGUAAAGCACAGCUAAAUAAAUAAACCUAACUACUGGACUAUUUUUUGUCUAAAAUACGAUGUAGUUAUGCUGUAAGUGAGCAGGAAUCAUGAAUAAAGAAAUUUACCUUACUUUUAUCGUUAUUUUGACUUUUAAUGGCCAUGCAUAUGCACGUGAUUCGGACUGUCCCAGGCCAAAAGUUAUGAAACAAACCAUAAUACGAUCGAAGGAAUCGAUUAAAAAUGGAGCUAUUUUGAUUGGAAAAGAGAUUGUAGAAACUGCAAGAAGCUGUUACGACUUGUGUUGUAGUUAUGAAACCUGUAAUGUUGCAUUGAUGCAUUAUAAACAGGUUAAAAAUGAAAUUGGUGAUUUUGAGACCCACAAAUAUUGUUAUUUAUUUGCAUGUGGAAGUCCAUCUGUGUGCAGUUUUGGUAAUCAUAAUAGAUAUGCAGUGAUACAACUUGAGCAGCAGAUUUUAACAACUUUACCACCAACACAAGCACCAAUUAUAGAAGAAGAAGAAAGAUGUCCACCAGGUGUUCCUGUUGCAAUGUGUGCAGAGAAUCCUUGUGAUGUAAAAUCCUGUCCUGCACAUAAUGAUGCAAAAUGUAAACCUAAUUUCUGUGGCGGGUGCAACGCACGAUUUUACAAUGCUGAAAACAAGUUGGUAAAUUGUUCUCUUCCAGAAUAUCACGUAAGUGCGCUAGCAGCUGACGAUCACAACGAACAGUCGUUAACUGUAACUGAAGGUGAUUAUGAAGAAACACCAACGGAGGAUAUUCUCUUGUCUUCAAAUUCUAAAAAGACUGACGAGCAAGAUCCAUAUUUCCAUUCGAACAGAAGACAGUUCAUAACUGAUCCAGCGGAAGCUGCAGAGCUGUUUAACAGUACCACUCCUGGAACACAGCCACCAAGUGUGAAAGUUGUGAUCCGCAACGAGCCUCCAAACUUGAAAUCAAUCCCACUGUUGAUUGCAUUGAUAGUCAGUCUUUUGUUUAUCGUCGGGUUGAUCUAUCAUUUUAAAUGUGCGAAACGAGGGAAAGCGAAGAAGUUUCCGGUGGAUGACGGCGAUUAUUUGAUCAAUGGCAUGUAUUUGUAAAUUGGAUCAUCUGAUAUGUUGUCAUAAGUUUUUUUGUGAAUGCAAGGUUUAACUUUGAAUCAAUUUGAUUACCUCCGAAUAUAAUCAUCGGAAUAAAAUAGCGUUAAAAUUUAUUUUUUAAAAUAUUUUAUGAGUUCUUUGAAGCUAAACCGUUAAUUAUGCAUGCUCAACGAGAAUUAUCGGUUAUCGGUAAAAAUUCUUUAUUUAUUAAUUUGUAUUUUAAAACAUGGAACUAAAAAGUCGUGUCUAACAGCCACGUAUACACAUUUGUGAACCAAAAAAUUGUCUACAAAUUUGUCUAAAUAGCACACUUGUGUUUUUUCAAGCACUGACUUAGCUUGAUAACUGUGCCAAAUACCAAGGUGUACACGUUUUAUACGACAAACACAAUGAAAAUAGAAGUUUGAUUUCAGUUGGCGCAACAGCCGUGUUUUUAUUUUUUUCAAGUGAAUACUCAACUAGCAACAAUCAAGCAACAGUUAAGGUUGUAAAACAUAAAACUUUAGCAACAUUGAGGCUCCGUCCAAAUUUUGUGUUGUUCAAAGAAAAAGCAUGUAGCGUAAAUUGUACUCUUUUAUUAAUUUCAUGUAAUGUACAGAAUGAUUUUGCUUUUAUAUCGGUGUUUGUGUUCUAUAUAACAUAUUUUUGUGAUGUAAAAUAACUAAUUUCUUCAUACACAAACUUGUUCCCAUGCCAUUUUUGUUAAAUUUUAAAAAGCUGAAGGUUAAUGGUGGGAACAAGUUUGUUUGCAUUUAUUUAUUGUGUAAAAUGGAUUUUUUUCUUUGAAAGAAAGUAAUAGAUCGA